GAAAUCGCUGUGCAAAAUCUUCUCAUCCGGUGGCAGCGCAGCUCCUUCCUCAAGCUCAAGCACCGCCGUGUUUCUCCCAACCAUUCGUCUUUCUACCCAUCGAGCUUCGUCGCCAUCGGAUUCGGACGCGCUCUCGCCCGAAAGGAAUGAAGAAGUACGGUUUGCAGCUUAGGGCGCCGCCGUCGCAGCAGAAGAAGCAACCGACCCGGCCGCCCCUCCCCCCUCCGGCCGGCUUCCGCGACGACGAUGGCGACGAAGACGGCGUCGAGAGUGAGAUUGCGCGCCAGUCUGCCAAGAACAGGGCUCUCAGAGAGAUUGAGGAGCAGCACAGAAAGGCGUUGGAGGAGGAUCCCUCGGUGUUUGAUUACGACGGUGUCUAUGAUGACAUGAAGGCGAAAUUAGCUCAACCUCGAGCCUUGGAACGCGAAGAAAGGAAGCCUAAAUACAUCCAGAAUCUGCUUAAAAAGGCAGAAAAGCGACAGAGGGAACAGGAAAUAGUAUAUGAGAAAAAGCUGGCUAAAGAGAGGAGCAAAGACGAUCACCUCUAUGCUGACAAGGACAAAUUUGUAACAAGUGCGUAUAAAAAGAAACUUGCAGAGCAAGCAAAAUGGAUGGAGGAGGAGCGGCUACGGCAAAUGCGAGAAGAGAAAGAUGAUGUAAUCAAGAAGAAAGACUUGAGUGACUUCUAUUUCAAUCUUGAGAAAAAUAUCGCAUUUGGUGCUAGUGCACUUGAGUCAGAAAAAAUGGGGAAACAUGCCGAGUCGAAGAAGCCUGAGAAGCACGUUGAGUUACAAACGCCUGAGAAGCACGAAGAGAAAAUGAAUGUCAACGUAUCUGGAGAAGAUCCUUCAUUGAUCACCACAAACUCUCAUGCAGAACCUUCUAGAACGCCAGAAGGGCUUCAUGCUGAAGCCUCUCCUGAUUCUAAGAAGAGUUUUGAAGCUAUCCAUGAGAAACGGGUUACUGAUGAUACUUCUGCACAAGAAAAAUCUGAGCCCUCCUCCUCUGAUCAACCGCCGCCUGACCAUCAUAAAAGAAGUCAGGAUGCUCUUGCUGCGGCUAAAGAACGCUUCUUGGCACGGAAGAAGGCUAAAGAACAAUGAUGGCUCAAGCAAUCACCAGCUCGCUCAGUGGAGCAAGGCUUGGGGGUUUUGUGUAUGUUUCUUAUGUGACUUACAGUCAGUAUACAACUGAUCAUGCAUGUUCUUCCAUGAUGGUUCAUUAUCUGAUGUUCAAUUUCACCUCGAACCAUUGCUUUUGGCAUGGAAAAUGGUUACCCUGAGGAGGCAAUAACUUAAUUGUCUCCCUGGAACCUGCUGAGGGCUUCAGUAGAGUCUGUACUGUGUAGAAACAUGUUUCGAUCAGAGAGUACGGCAAACCCUCUGUAGUCAGCAUAUGUUUUACAA